UCAUGUCUGUUCCCUUCCCACAGAUGACGGAGGGCCGGCUGUGCCAGGUGCACCUCCUGGACGACAGGAAGCUGGAGCUGCUGGUCCAGCCGAAGCUCUUGUCCCGGGAUCUGUUAGAUUUGGUGUCCUCACACUUUAACCUGAAGGAGAAGGAGUAUUUUGGACUAUUCUUCAUCGAUGACACUGGUCAGCAUAACUGGCUCCAGCUGGAUCGCAGGGUGCUGGAUCAUGACUUCACUAAAAAGACUGGUCCACUGGAGCUCAAAUUCCUGGUCAGGUUUUAUAUUGAGAAGAUAACAUUCUUGAAAGAGAAUACAACAGUGGAGCUGUUUUUCCUAAAUGCCAAAUCGUCAGUCUUUAAUGAGAUCAUCGAAGUGGAGAGUGAAAACGUUUUCAAAUUAGCUGCUUACGCGUUGCAGGAAGCUAAAGGAGACUACACAAAUGUUGAAAGCUCCAGAUCGGACCUGAAUAAGCUACCAGUUCUACCCACCAGAGUCCUGAGAGAGCACCCCUCCCUGGUUUACUGUGAAGACCGAGUGAUCGAGCACUACGAGAACCUGAAGGGCCUCAGCAGAGGGCAAGCCAUUGUGCAGUAUUUGGCCUUAGUGGAGUCCCUCCCUACAUAUGGAGUCCAUUAUUAUCCAGUAAAGGACAAGCAGGGCCUACCGUGGUGGCUGGGAGUCAGCUAUAAAGGCAUCGGACAGUACGAUUUACAGGACAAGUUGAAACCUCGGAAGUUGUUUCAGUGGAAGCAGCUCGAUAAUUUGUAUUUCCGUGAGAAGAAAUUUGCAGUUGAGGUGAACGACCCUCACAGAAGGACAGUGUCCAGGCGUACGUUUGGGCAGACAGGAUCGGUCAUCCACUCGUGGUAUGCCAGCCACUCUCUGAUUAAGACCAUCUGGGUGAUGGCCAUCAGUCAGCACCAGUUCUAUUUGGACAGGAAGCAGAGCAAAUCCAAAGUUACCACGGCCAGAAGUUUGGGUGACAUCACCAUGGACCUGACGGAGAUCAGAGCGCCCAGGAUCAGUAAGCUGUCCAGCAUAGAGAGUAAAGACCAGCUCAUCAUGGCCAGCAACGGAUCCCUCAUCUCAGCAGGAUCAGCAGACUCGGAGGUGAGCGAGGAACAGAAGAAGGAGAAUAUUGCUGACCUGAAGAAGAAACAGAAGGAUCUGCAGGAGACUCUAUCUCAGAAACUGGAGGAGCUCAAGAAGAUAUGCCUGCGAGAAGCUGAGCUGACAGGCAGGCUGCCUAAAGAGUACCCUCUGGCCUCGGGUGAGAAGCCCCCCAUGGUCCGUCGCCGCAUGGGGACAGCCUUCAAACUGGACGACCUCUUCCCCUAUGACGCGGAUCCCCACCUGAGGAACCUGGAGAGCAGGUUUGCCCUACAGCAGAAGAUCGUGGAGGCGGCAAAGAAACUGGCCAACGAGGCUGAGCUCUGUAAGACUGUGAAGAAGAAGAGGAGGAGGAACUGCCUGGACGCCAUGAGGAAGCUGCAUGAGAUUGAGGAGGAGAUCAACGAAUACAGGAUCAAGAUGGGCAAGAAGCCCACCCAGAGAGCAUCAAUAAUCAUAGCAGAUGAUGUGAACCCUGCAGAACUCAGCUCCCUGUCCGACAGCCUUACUCUGGACGAUGACGAGGAUCUGGGAGGCCAGAGGCAGCGGUCCCGCUCGGUGCAGUACUCUCCCCGGCCCCACCACUCAGACACCCUGAGUCUCCACUACCAGUCUGACCGACGGGCAUCCGCUCACAACCAGCUCCAGGAACUCAGCACCAACAGCAGAUUAAAUGAUGGCGAAGUCCAGGAACCAUUUCACUACAAUCACAGAGAUGCCUUAUCGAGCCACAUCAGCCCUUACAAGCCUGCCUCCAGACAGCCGCGUGAUGCACGCAGCAUGCCUCCCACUCCCCUCCUCACCCGCAACGCCUACAGCAGUACCCAGCUCAGGUCGGAGGACGGUCCUCAGCAUUUCCGCCAGCGUAGUGGCAGUCUGGAGUCCCAGUCUCAGUUCAUGGUUGAGACCACGCCUCCGGCGCCCACGUCCGUCUUGGCACGCCGCAGCAACAGCACUGAGGUCUUGGACGAUGGCUCAUCCUACACCAGCCAGUCCAGCGUGGAGUACACGGCACCCGGGAACCAUACCCACCGCCCCAGGGACCGACGGCGUGGCAGGAAGGGCAACAUCUACGCCAACACGGGCAGCAUGCCCAACCUGGCACAGACUGAUACCCGCUACAACACAUACCAGCCCCCCCGGGCACCGCGACCCACCACCACGGCCUACUAUGUGACGGGUUACCCCAGCUACACAGAGCCAGAGCCCUACUGUAACAGAGUGUACGACAACGAGGUAGAGGGUCACUACAACGUCCACCCCUCCUACAACGCCGCGCCGGCCUACCAGGGACAUGAUGCGUACAGCAGUCGCUAUGGUGAUGACGAAAUGGACAGUAUGGCCCAGAACCCCUACGCCACGCUGAGGCCGCCCAGGAACCGCCAAGCUCCGCCCAGGACGGAACACGUGACCAAGAACAUCCAGAAGGCACUGGUGGAGGAGCACCUGAGAGGCUGGUACCACCGCAGCGCAAGCCACAAGCAGCCACAGGCCUAUGACUACAACCAGAGGGGUUCCCAGCAGAGCCUGGGCUACCAGACCAUGCCAGCUCCCUACUGCAGAACCGCUUCCUACUCCUCAGUCUCAUCUCAGCAGUCCUCUACAGCAGGAGGCCGGCGAGGUCACCUGGGUGGAGGUAUGGUAGAGUACGACAUGCCCCUGCCGGUGCAGCAGCCUUACCCCUCCUAUGGCACAACACAUUACGGCACAGCUUACCACCCCACCUACAGCAGAUCCUAUGUAGAUGUGAACCAAACAGAUCCAUUUAUCAACAGCCAAACAGAUCAAUUUAUCAACAGCCAAACCAAUCCAGUCAUCAACAGCAAAACAGAUCCAUUCAUCAACAGCCAAACAGAAACAUAUGUUGAUAGCCAAACAAAUGUACACAUCAACAGCCAAACAAACUGCAGCUUGGAUCCAGACGACCAGCGACUUUACUGGCACGAGGGCUCCUCCAAACCUGGAACUAUAGUCUAGCGGUCAGACUGCACUUAGCUGUUUUUCUGGAUGGAAGAAGGGAUCCAAAGAAUCAAAGAACAACACUAUGGAAUUCACACAGGGAAGGACCUAAAGUCUAUGUACAGCUGAUUGGAUUUCUCCUACACGGAAUUGCCAAAGUGGGUCUACCUGCGUACACUCUCUGAAAGCAAAAUUACAACACGGUCACCUGAUCUGAAUGUUCUGGAUUGCUAGAUUUUGUGUGUUUGUUGGCACUUGUGUUGCACACUGAGUUGCACUUGGUGCUGUGGCUGGUUGGAUUAGUCUGAGGGGCUGGGAUGACUGUAGGAGGAUGGAGGACAAUGAACAUAACUUGUCCUGCAUGACCAAUAAUUGGGGAAGCUGUAUGCUCACCAUUACAAUGAUCUCUCAAACAAAGACAUGUUGAAAUUAAGGCUUGAAAUUGGAUUUUUAGUGUGAGGAUGGCUACCAAUGGUGACCUGCUGAAACAUUCUCCAGUCUCUACCAGUUUCCAGAGCCCAUUCUAUGGUAGCGUUGUUUGUAGCUAUCUACUGCACUUUGUGCUAUUCUUAGUUUGUCAGUCUUUUUGCACCAGCCAUUUACAAGUAUUUGGACCUCUCUCAUUCUCAGUAAUUGUAUCUUUACUGCCAAAUGCUUCACAGUCUAACAAUUAAAGUCUAGACUCAACCAUGUCGGCUUUUAUACUUUCAAAGACCAUGUUAAUACUUUAUCAAUGACUGUUAUGUUAAUCCUAAGUCUAUUACAGGGCUAUCAAGACAAAAUUCCAGAGUUUAAAAAAAGAAAUGCUUACUGCAUCCCAUGCUGGAAUGGACUGGUGCUCUCCAUUCCUCUCAAGAAGGAAUGUGUAUGUACAUGUUGAUAAUGUAAAUAGAUUGUACGGUUCUGUCUGUUUUUAGAUAUUUUUUUUGUAUUUUAAGAAGCAUGUAAUAUGUAUGUGUGUGUAUGUGUGUAUAGAUAUAUAUAGUAAACAAUCAAAUAUUAAGCUGGUUCUUAGUUAUUUGUAUAAUUGAAAUGCGUUUGAAUUAAAACAUAAACAUUUUAAACUAUA